GCAACCCGUGAGCCGACCUGUCGAGUACGCACCGCCCACCGACAAGCAGUCAAAAUGGCCUUCCACAAGCUGGUCAAGAACAGCGCGUACUACAGCCGCUUCCAGACCAAGUUCAAGCGCAGGAGACAGGGCAAGACUGACUACUAUGCCCGCAAGCGCCUGAUCACCCAGGCCAAGAACAAGUACAAUGCGCCCAAGUACCGCCUGGUCGUGCGCUUCACCAACCGCGACAUCAUCACCCAGAUCGUGACCUCGGAGAUCAACGGCGACAAGAUCUUCGCCUCCGCCUACUCGCACGAGCUUCGCGCCUACGGCAUCCAGCACGGCCUGACCAACUGGGCCGCUGCCUACGCCACCGGCCUGCUCCUCGCCCGCCGCGUCCUCAAGAAGCUCGGCCUCGACGAGGAUUUCGUUGGCGUCGAGGAGCCGGAUGGAGAGUACAAGCUCACCGAGGCUGCCGAGACCGACGAUGGCGAGCGCCGCCCCUUCAAGGCCUUCCUCGAUGUCGGUCUCUCGCGCACCUCGACCGGCGCCCGCGUCUUCGGCGUCAUGAAGGGUGCCUCGGACGGCGGCAUCCUGGUCCCCCACUCGGAGAACCGCUUCCCCGGCUACGACAUCGAGACCGAGGAGCUCGACGCCGAGGUCCUGAAGAAGUACAUCUUCGGCGGCCACGUGGCUGAGUACAUGGAGACGCUCGCCGACGACGACGAGGAGCGGUACAAGAGCCAGUUCGUCAAGUACAUCGAGGACGGCGUCGAGGCGGACUCGCUCGAGGAGCUCUACGCCGAGGCCCACAAGGCCAUCCGCGAGGACCCGUUCAAGAAGUACGAGAGCGACGCGCCCAAGAAGAGCAAGGAGGAGUGGAAGCAGGAGUCGCUCAAGUACAAGAAGAGCAAGCUCACCCGCGAGGAGCGCCGGCAGCGCGUGCAGGCUCGGAUUGCCGAGCUCCGGGAGGAGUAAAUUGGCUUUGUUUUGCGAGGGACUGGUCGCAUCGUCUUGGGCUCGUUAUCAUGACUGCUUGUUCUUUAGGAGUUUUCUCGUGCAGCAACACCACGUCGGGCGUGGGGCACAUGGGGCACAUGGGGUAAAUGACCAGGGUUCACCAAAAACAAUGCCAAUCACCUUCCGGGUUUGCUUUGUGCAGGCG